AUGAUGAUUUCUUUAAUGCAAUGGGUGUAUCCAACAAAGACGUUGGAGUCGUAUUCUAGAUCAAUAUUAUCUCGAAAGGUGUCUCUGGUAGUAUUUCAAUUGAGAUAUAGGAGUAAAAAAUCAGAAGGAAAGUAUUUGAAACUUUCAGAUAUUAACCAAAAUACUGUUGCUGCAAAAUAUGCUGUCAGAGGGAGUAUUCCAAUCAGAGCUGAUGAGCUUGAUGCUCUUCUUCAUUCAGGAAAAAAACAUACACUCCCAUUCGACAAAAUAGUUCAAGCUAAUAUUGGAAAUCCUCAGCAGUUGGACCAGAAACCCUUAACUUGGUACAGGCAGGUGCUAUCUAUCGUUCAGUAUCCAGAUAUUUUAAAUACGCCAGAAGCUAACAUUAUCUAUCCCUCGGACGUUAUUGAGAGAGCUAAAAUAUUAAUUGAAGCGAUCAAAUCAGCUGGUGCGUACUCUAAUUCCCAAGGGGUAGAGUACAUUAGGAAAUCAGUUGCAGAUUUUAUCAGCAAAAGAGAUGGGUAUCCCUCUGAUCCGAAGGAUAUUUUUCUCACUAGUGGAGCCUCUUCAGCUGUCCUGUAUUUGCUUCAGAUCUUGGCAAGCAAUAAGGAUUCGGCAUUCCUAAUUCCUAUCCCCCAAUAUCCUUUGUACACUGCCUCCAUUGCAUUAAAUGAUUCCAAACCUGUAGGGUAUUACUUAAAUGAAGAGAACAAUUGGUCGACUGACCCAGAACAGAUAAGGGGCUUGCUUGAAAAGAGCAUUGCAGAUGGAACUCCUCACAUUAACUCAUUGGUCAUCAUUAAUCCAGGUAAUCCUACGGGUUCUAUCUUAUCGAAAAAGGAAAUCGUUGAAGUAAUAAACAUUGCAGCUGACUAUGGUAUUGUUUUAAUUGCUGAUGAAGUUUAUCAAGUCAACAUUUUCAAAGGAGAAUUCUUGUCAUUCAAAAAGGUUCUAUGCGAGCUACUUGAAAACGACCAUGAAAAAUAUAAGGAUGUUCAGUUGGCAUCUCUCCAUUCUAUCUCAAAGGGAGUUAGCGGAGAAUGUGGUCAAAGAGGAGGCUUCAUGGAACUUUUCGGUUUCAAGCAUGACAUUAAGAACAUUUUAUUUAAAUUGGCCUCGAUCAAUUUGUGUUCCGUAGUCUCGGGACAAGUCCUCAUGGAGCUUAUGGUUAAUCCUCCCAAAAAGGGGGAUCCGUCUUAUGGAACUUAUCAUCGGGAAGUAAGUCACAUCCAAGAAUCCUUGCGCACUAGGGCUGAUUUACUUUAUAAUGCUUUCUGUAAAAUGACUGACGUUAGCUGUAAUAAACCCAUGGGUGCAAUGUAUUUAUUUCCUAGGUUACACUUCACAAAGGACAAAUACCCGGAAAUAUUUAAAUUGGCGGAAUUCACAAAGACCUCAGUUGAUGAGUUUUACUGCUUGGAACUUUUAGAGAAGACGGGUAUUUGUUCCGUUCCAGGAAGUGGGUUUGGCCAAGUUCCGGGAACCCUUCAUGUAAGAACCACUUUCUUACCUCCUGGAAAGGAAUGGAUUGAAAGGUGGGUUACAUUUCACGAAGAAUUCGUACAAAGAUUUAAAACCCAUUGA